GUGCCGCCGGCACAGCAAUUGAAAGCCAUUUGCUUCAAAGGGAGGCGUCUCAGCGUCUUGAUAAACGCCAGUGACUUUUCUUCUCUUCGUCUAUUCCGUUAUCGAAUCGUCCGACAAUGAGGGAGUGCAUUUCGAUCCACAUCGGCCAAGCAGGUAUCCAGAUCGGCAAUGCCUGCUGGGAGCUGUAUUGCCUUGAGCACGGUAUUCAGCCUGAUGGCCAGAUGCCAAGUGAUAAGACUGUUGGGGGAGGUGAUGAUGCCUUCAACACCUUCUUCAGUGAGACUGGUGCUGGAAAGCAUGUUCCUCGUGCUGUUUUUGUAGAUCUAGAGCCCACUGUCAUUGAUGAAGUAAGAACUGGUACAUACCGUCAACUCUUCCACCCUGAACAGCUUAUCAGUGGCAAGGAAGAUGCAGCCAACAACUUUGCACGUGGCCAUUAUACCAUUGGUAAAGAGAUUGUCGACCUUUGCUUGGAUCGCAUCCGGAAGCUUGCAGACAACUGCACUGGUCUACAAGGAUUUUUGGUGUUCAAUGCUGUUGGUGGGGGUACUGGUUCUGGUCUUGGAUCUCUUCUUCUGGAACGUUUGUCAGUGGACUAUGGCAAGAAAUCUAAGCUAGGGUUCACUGUCUACCCUUCCCCACAAGUUUCAACUUCAGUUGUUGAGCCUUAUAACAGUGUGCUGUCCACCCACUCUCUUCUGGAACACACUGAUGUUGCUGUGUUACUAGACAAUGAGGCAAUAUAUGAUAUCUGCAGACGCUCUCUUGACAUUGAGCGUCCAACAUACACCAACCUGAAUCGCCUGGUUUCUCAGGUGAUUUCAUCCUUGACUGCUUCCCUGAGGUUUGAUGGUGCCCUUAAUGUUGACAUGACUGAAUUCCAGACUAACCUGGUUCCAUACCCUAGGAUUCACUUCAUGCUUUCAUCCUAUGCUCCUGUCAUUUCCGCUGAGAAGGCAUACCAUGAGCAGCUUUCAGUUGCAGAGAUCACAAACAGUGCCUUUGAGCCUUCAUCUAUGAUGGCCAAGUGUGAUCCUCGCCAUGGAAAGUACAUGGCUUGCUGCCUGAUGUACAGAGGUGAUGUCGUGCCUAAAGAUGUCAAUGCUGCUGUGGCUACCAUCAAGACCAAACGCACCAUCCAAUUUGUUGACUGGUGCCCAACUGGAUUCAAGUGCGGCAUCAACUACCAGCCACCAACAGUUGUUCCUGGUGGUGAUCUUGCCAAGGUUCAGAGGGCUGUAUGCAUGAUCUCCAACUCCACCAGUGUAGCUGAGGUCUUCUCCAGGAUUGACCAUAAGUUUGAUCUCAUGUAUGCAAAGAGGGCUUUUGUGCACUGGUAUGUUGGGGAGGGUAUGGAGGAAGGUGAAUUCUCUGAAGCCCGUGAAGAUCUUGCUGCUCUUGAGAAGGAUUAUGAGGAGGUUGGAGCUGAAGGAGCUGAGGGUGAAGAUGAUGAGGGAGAGGAGUACUGAGGGGCAUGAUUUUUGCUCUCAUUUUGUGCUUUUGGUCUAUGUUUUCUGUUUUUUCGUAUGCAAAAUAGUUUGUGGUUACUAAGUGCUUUCGGUUUCUCGCAGCAGUACAUCCUUUGUGCUGCUUGCAUUACCUGUUUUCUUGUGUGAGACAUUAACUGCAUUGCCUGUUUAAAGAAGCUGUAUUUGCUAGUUCUUGUGACUGAUAAAUCUUAGCUACUGUGGUUUCUUUUUUACUUUCCUUGCUGAAGAUCAUGGGCUGAGUUACCCAUGAAACUGUUGUAGUGUUACUGUUGACUGCUGACCCUUUGGGUUGCAACGUGCAGAUUUGUGAUUUUCAAGUUCUA